UACUUCGACCUGGAAUUACUCGGUUUGCUACAAAUUUUAUUGCAUUAAAAUCAUUACAGCAAAAAAGACAUGGCUUGAAGGCAAUGGCUAGCUCACAAGAGUGGUCUGAAUCCAGAUAUUCGAAAUUGAGUGAUGGAAAGAAGAUAGAAAAGGCCAUUCUUUCAUCUAGAUUUUGGGAGACUAUAGCAGAAAUCAUAAAAGGUGUGGAACCACUUUAUAUUGUCCUCCGUAAGGUCGAUAUGGACAAGCGUCCACAAAUGCCGUAUCUUAAAUAUAUGCUGAUUUCAGCAAGAGAGGAGGUCAGGAAAGCAUUCAAAGAUGAUUUUAAGGCCGACCAAUACGUACGAAUCAUUGAUCGUCGGACCGAAGUUCAUAUGGAUCAAGAUAUCCAUAAUGCAGCGUAUUAUCUAAACCCGGCAAUUCAAUAUCGAUAUGCUCUCGGAACGCAAAAUAAUUUCCUAACGACACUACGAAAUGUUAUAUAUCGACUCUUGCCAAACACUACCGAGGCAGCCGAUGCUCUUAUGGAGGGUCGAUUAUUUCGAGAAACAGUUGGUUCAUUCUCCGACGUGUAGCUAUAUCAUGCCGUUACACUAUGGAUCCUGGUGAGAAAAAGUUAUGCAUAUUGAUUAUCAAUUAUAUUUAAUGUUAAUUAUUUGUUAUGCUAAUAAAAUCUUAUUUAUAUCUUUUUGCAGUCGAGUGGUGGUUACAAUUUGGAGGCGAUGCACCACAUUUAAGGAAGGUUGCCGUUCAUGUACUUUCACAGACAACAACAUCUAGUGGUUGCGAACGUAAUUGGUCAACGUUUGCGUUGAUUCAUACGAAAGUCCGCAACAGACUCUCCUACAGACGGUUAGAGAAACUAGUAUAUGUCCAUUAUAAUAUGCGGCUAAAAUUGCGAUGUGCUGAGUUGGAUAAGGAGCCAGAGGAACCAGAUAUUGAUCCCAUUGACCUCCAAUUCUACAACGAAGAUUCAGAGCCAAUGUUAGAUUGGGUUGAAGCAGCAGAGAACCAAGAGGAUCCUCUACUUGAUGAGGCGGGAGAUCCUCAGCGUCCUUCACGUUUUAUCACCGAGGCAAUAGAAGAAGAAGAAGCACAACCCCAACAGGUAGAAAAUCCCCCUCGAUUACAACAUGGUAUGAGUCAAACUGCUCGAGGAACUACCGAUACCCAACGGUCACACUCGUCCGCCCAACGUGCAAAGGCAAAGGGGAAGGCAAUAGCAUCAGUUGCAUCGUUGGAAAGAAUCGAGUCGGGCGACGAGACACCUUCACAAUCACAUUCUCUUUCUCGUUCGGUCCAGAGACAUGACAGCAACACGGACAGCAGUGCCUCAACAGAUGAUGGCGGUGAUACCGGGCAGUCGUUGGUCUCGUUUGCACAACUUGAGGGUGGUGAAUGGACUGAGGAGCAAUAUUUUACACAUGCCACUCAAGAUUCAGAUCAUGGAACUCGACAAGGUACUGGUCAAGUUUAUGCGCGGAAGGGAAAGGAGAAGGGGAAGGGGAAGGCAGUGGAUGAAUAUGAACAAAUGCGACAGAGCAUUCAUGAUAUAGACACAGAAAGAGACUCAUCGUAUUCACAGCCAUCGUAUUAUGAAGAAUCAUAUGGGCAACAACAGUAUGGUGAUAGUUGGUCAUCCUUCUCUGAGCAACAGCAUGAUACAGAACAACACCAAUAUAUGCCUCAAGAGCUGCCUCGGACAAAUAUGAUUUAUGACGAUCAAUCUACGAUCAGUACCACAUUGAUGCAUCAAUGGCAUACGGUGUAUCAAUACACUAUGUCAUGGGAUCAAUUUCAUGAUUGGGUCCAACAAACGUAUCAUAUUGAUAUGUAUCGGAUCGAGGACCCCGAUCCACCACCCGUGGAGGCUCGUCGUUCGUUUUGGUGGUAGAAUUAACAAUCAGGUAUAUCUAGAUAUAUGAUUAUUUAAUUCAUUUGAAUUUUAGAGUUUAUAUUGUAACAAAAUAGUCUAACAAUUCAACUGAUUUUUCUAUAGAUAUUUCAAUCUAUAACGAGCUGAAAUACGAACCUCGAACAAGACUACCUCAAAGCCCGAAAAAGAUAUGUGAUGCUAUUUUUAUCUAAUUUACAUUGAUUUUGCUAAACUUAUACUAUUACUAUAUUUAUUUGUAACUUGAAAACUCUAUCCUAACUUUUUUUUUAAUUUUCAGGUAUUUUCGGAGGGAUAAAUCGGUGAAAUUAAGUGUACCGAGCGGUACACCUCGGUAUACCGCUCGGUACGCCGUACCGUACCGUACCGAGCCGGCGUCGAAACGCCGGUAUGGUACGGUUCGGCGAACCUUGAUUCAAAUAGUAUCCUUGUCUUUUAAUUGUCUUUUGCAUGGAUUUAAAUAGUGUGCUUCUGCUGCAGUACCUUCGACUAUGGAUUAGUUUCAGACCAUAUAGUCCAACGCUAGUUUGUUUUGUUUUUUCUAUUAUCUUUUCAGGUAAUAUCAGGUAUGACCCAAUAUAUUAGUACCAUGCUGGUCUCAUAGAAUAUUGAAACUGAUAUUAGAGUGAGAUUGUAGACCUUGUUGUGUAUAUUUAUUUUAUUUCAGGAGUAAUUCUGAUGUAUCUUUGAUUUGAAUUAACCUUAUUUCUGGUAACGUAUUGUCACGACCUUAGCUGGUUUUGCCUAGGGCGUGCGGCACCCUCGCGCGUCCGUCCGCAAAGGUCAGCCUCCCCGAAGCCUCCCAUUGUCCCUUAGGACCAACAAAAGAGAGAACGGGUUAAAGAGAACGCCUCAAUCGGGAUCCACAAGCAAACAUGUCCGAAAAACACUUCAUAGACAAUGCGAAUUACAAACAGACUUUACAAGCUCUGAAUAGUUGCACAACAAAGGGUAAAAUGGUCCAUUACAGAUCGAAAAGCUCUCGAACGUGUCCACAUGACACAACCUUUAUUUACAAGCCUAAAGAGGCCACCAACCCAACUAAAAUGGGACUAUUAAGCCUUCGGCCGCCCCUUUACAUUCUGUACAAGGCAUGAACAUGCCAAACGACAACGGACAGACAUAAGCAUUACAUCCAACAUCUUGUUUAGAAGUUUGUCCGUUACAUUCUCCCCCACUUAUCCCUUCGACGUCCUCGUCGAAGCCUUUGUGAACACUGCAACUCUUCGCCUUUGCUGAGUCUUCAAUCUUCCGCUCCAGCUGCAAUGCGCCUCCUGGCUCCCAGCUGCUCUC